CAAAACGCGUUAGUGCAUUUUCCCGAGAUGCUGAGAUAAAUAGAAAUUAAUUGCGGAAAAGCGAUUUUCUUUUGUUUACCACCAUGGCCACCUAUUCCAAUCAGCACUGGCUGCUCUCCCACAUCCGCAACUCCUUCAUCUCCACGGACGACAGCGGGAUGUGCGAAACGGUGAUGUUGAGCGAUGACAUGCCCAAGCACUAUUUGCGCAAAUUUGGGAACUCGGGCGCUGGAGGAGAUCACUACCAUUGGAGGAAGUCACACAAGCCACCGCCCACGGGGGGCGGGGCGACGCCCGAGCGCAACACUCGUCAUCCGGAUGCUCCGCUCCAGGAUGUGGACUUUAUCUGCUAUCCGGGACUGGACCUCAGCGACGACGAGGAGGACAUGUCCACGCACUCCUUCGACAUUCAGAUGUACCCGGAGGUCGGAGCCCACCGCUUCCGCUCCAACACUGCCCAAAAACUGGAGAAACUGGACAUUGCCAAGCGGAGGGCAGCGCGCAUUAAGAGUAUCAACUACCAAGAGGAAGUGCAGCCUCCCGACAGCGAGGAUUUCUUCAGGCGUAAGGAGCUGCCCGUCACCAAGACAGAGCCUGCAAAGAAACCACCCAAAAGCAACGAGGACGAGCUGUCGGAUGAGGGUGUCCACAGCCAGCUCACCGAACAGCUGGCCAAGAGUCCCAUGCAAACCCAGAAUCGAUUUAUAGAGUUCGCCCGCUUCGACGGCACCUCCCAAGUGGGCAUGCAAACAAAAAGAAUCAACGUGUAUCUGAAUAUGCUUCCCGAACCGGAUCGCAACUAUCCGUUGAAGAUCUGUGUCCUAGCCACUGCCAAAAUCCAGGAGGUCAUAGGUUACGUCUGCUAUAAGACCUCCUUACAGUAUCCCGAGGUUCCUUUAAAGUCCCUGCAGCAUUACGCCUUGUACAUGACAGAGGACAAUGAUGACAUGGAGGACUUCCCGCCUUUGGACAACCGCGAACCCUGCUCCAAGUUUGGUUUCUCCCAUCUCACACUCGCCGAACGUCGGCCUUUGGCUCCGGUGACCCGAGUAGACUACCACGGCCAGCUGGGUACCAAAUCCAUGACUUCCGAGGAGGCGGCGGAGAAGCAAGCUGUGGGCGAAGCGGUUUGUUUGGCUAUGCGAAAUACGAAUCUAAACGGACAAACGAACGAUCCAGGCGGAGCAGGAGCAAAAGACAGUUCACAUGACAAUGUAACGGAGUACGAGAAGCGCCUGCUGAACCACAAUGACAUGCUGGAAGCUCCCAUGCACCGGACUUAUCGCGUAAACAUUAUAGACAAGAGGUUCUUUAAAUCCGAUGUGACCCUGGGCAUCUCCGGCGAGAGAAUAGAAAUCGAUCAAUACAAAAACGCCAAAUUCUGGCCGCAGAAAAAACCCGUAUCCACUCCCAUCGACUUUGUGGCCCACUGCGAAAUUGUGGAGCGACGCCAGUUAAAGGCUCUGCUGCGCAUCUGGAUGAAGUCCAACUCCUCGUCGCCUUCCUUCUCCACCGGCUGCACUUCGGCGCCGAUCAAUGCCAGCGUUACCACUCUGAAUAUGGGAAGCGCUAGCACGGGGAUCGCCCACUCACCCAAUAGUCCUGGUCACUCUUCCGGCCUCUUCUCGAGCAGCAAUAUUCGGUUUAAGCACUACGACUUCGACACGGACAUCCACAUAGCCCAGCAGAUCCAAAACAAGCUGAACUGCAUCCUGGAGAUGCGAUGUAGCGAUUUGAGGCGCGAUUUCCUGUUGCAACGCGGACGAAAGUUGGAGAAGCGGCAGCUAAAGUUGUAGUAUUUAUUCCUAUGGCGGCGGCUGCUGCUCGUGUGCCUAGCAGGCGGGCUACUGCCACUGCCGCUGCCACGUCCCCGCCUACGCCUCCGCCUCCUGUUCGAUAAGUUGUAUUAGUUGCUAACUAAAGAUUGUGUUACACAUGUUUGCCUAGCCCGUAAGUAUUUAUUGAACUCACCUAACUUCGAAGCCUGGUCCUGAAAAUAAAAAUGAAAACCUCUUUAAAA